ACACGUCCCUUUCACGCAUUCAGCUGGAGCACCUGUUAUUCUACACCUUUUGUUCUUGCGUUAUUUGCUAAGUUCAACAUCUUGGAAUCACUCCACUUACUUAAAGCUUACUGAUAAUCAAUAUUCAUUUGUCGGUUUCGGGCUUCGCAUAUUUCCCGGUAACCUUACGGGGCUAGCAACUAAUGGAGGCGAACGGCGAGGAGCAACCCGCUGACGUUGAACAGCAGGAGCUUGGAGAUGAGGAGCUGCACCAUGGCGAUGAAGAAGCGAUUGUGCUAGGCGACAUAGAUGAUGAAGAUGGCAUGGAGGAGGAGGAAGAGGACGACGACGAUGAUGAUGACGAGGGCAUGGAAAGCGAGGACGACGACGACAGUGAUUCCGCUGGUGCCGCAGAUGAGCCGUCAGAGGACCCCGUUGACACUAGCGACCCAGCAAAUCGUGGCAUCAAGAUGUAUGGUUGCGAACAUUACCGCCGGCGUGCAAUGAUUGUUGCACCGUGCUGUGACAAACCCUUCUGGUGCCGGCACUGCCACAACGCUGCCUGCAACGACAACGAAGUCGACCCAAAGAAACGACAUGUUCUCGACCGAAAGGCACUCCGGGAGGUGGUGUGCGGGCUGUGCGGAGUACGGCAGGAGAAGGCGAGCCACUGCACACAGUGCGGCGUGGCGUUCGGCCGCUACACCUGCCUGCUGUGCUCCUUCUUUGAUGACGAUGUCACAAAGGAGUGCUUCCACUGCAAGGACUGCGGCAUCUGCCGAGUGGGCGGCCGCAGCAACUUCUUCCACUGCCGCACCUGCAACUGCUGCUACGCGGUGCAGCUGCGCGACUCGCACGUGUGCAUCGAGAACUCCAUGCAUGCCAACUGCCCGGUGUGCUGCGAGUUCCUGUUCGACAGCAUCAAGCCCAUCAACAUCAUGCCCUGCGGACACACCAUACACCAGGAGUGCCUUCGCUCCCUUGCCGAGCACGCCACCUACACCUGCCCCGUGUGCUGCAAGUCCAUCAUGAGCGCCGCGGCCAUGGAGCGGGUGUGGGAGGAGAUGGACAUGAGCGUGCAGUCGAACCCCAUGCCGCCCGAGUACCAAACCACCCGAGUCGGCAUCCUCUGCAACGACUGCCAGCAGCGGUCCACGGUGCCCUUCCACUUCAUUGGACACAAGUGUGCGGUGUGCGGGUCGUACAACACACGGAGGACGUAGCGGCGGGGUCGUACGGAACAGCAGGUGGAAGGGGCGGCAUGUGUACGGCAUGACGGGGAGGAGUACGGCAUGACGUUAGGAUGGAAUGCCAGUAGGGGCUGGAUGGUACGGGGUGUCGUACGGCGGUGGUUUUUGCUGCGGUGGUUGUACGGCAGCGGUUGUUGCUGCUGUAGAGGUAGUGGGGGUGCAGUGUUAGGGGUGCUGUGAAAGGUGUAGGUGUAGAGGGGGAGGUGAGAAGGGAGCGUGGGGUAGAGGGCUCGGCACAUGCCUAGCGCAAGGGAGGAGGAGAGGAGGGGCGAGGGAUUGGAGAGGCAGACACAGUGAUCGAGUGAGGAAGCUUGUCGUGAUUUGUUGUUUUCUGUUUUGGAUGUGAGGAAGGGGUCGGGAAUGAUGAACGGGCGUCAGAACGCCGCAUGGACAAAGGAAUGAAGCGGUGUUGGUCUUGAUGUGGCUCAUUAGCUGUGUGAUGUCGACUCUGUGGGAAGGUGUUACUCCAUGGGGGGGAUGCUGGGAUAAGGAGGUGAUGCCUGUUUUCACGAGCGGCUUCCCAAGAGUGCUCGCUUGUUUGUUUAAUCAUUGUUGAUGUGGUCUCCUUGACCCGUUUUAAUGAACUGAUGACGCCUCAUGCCUUUGUUGUUUUCGACGUUUGUCCGCGGUAGUCCUUUAUACCUUUGUUUGACUGAUGCGUUUGUCUGUGUGCCUUAUAUGUGCCUGUUUAUUUCGCGCCUAUUUGCUGAGUUGGCCACCUCCGUGUCUUUUGUACGUUACGCAUAGCUGUACAAGUUACGACUGUACGAAAGUUACACGGGCCUUAUUUGUGACGGCCUUUUGCGGUCAUGUGUCUCACGUAUCCCGCCAAUGCGGCCAUACCUCGUGUGCGAACUUGACCUCAGCGCACAUGCGCUGAAGAAUACAGUCCAGGCUAUAUCCUGUCCAAUUUGCUUUGCUUUGCGUUGCUGCUUCCUGUGUGCUUGCUGCGUUCCCUCUGACGGCGCUCACCUGCAGCAACACAUGGAGUGUACCGAUACCGUGUC